AUGACAGUCCAGGUAAAAUAUCUAGGCCUUAACGACUUUGCUCCUUCUGAAGCGGCCGCCAUUGUGUUCGCGAUUCUCUUCUUGAUCACCUCCAUCAUACAUUACUACCAGGCUUUCCGCUGGCGGACAUGGUUUUUCAUCCCUUUUCUAUUCGGGUGUGCCUGUAAGUGUUUUCUAACAAUAAAAUGCCAUUCUCUCUGCAUGCUAAUUUUCAUGCUACUUGAAAUAGUUGAAGUCGUCGGAUACUUCGCGCGCGCAAAAUCCGCAACCCAAUACCCAGACUAUACAGUUGGUCCCGAGCUCAUCCAAUACAUCUUGAUCCUGGUUGCCCCGGCUCUGUUUGCCGCAAGCAUCUACAUGGAAUUCGGGCGAGUCAUGAUCAUGGCCGACGGGGGGCAAUACUCCAUCAUUCGGCCCGCUUGGCUGACCAAGAUUUUCGUACUCGGCGAUGUCAUCUCAUUCUUUGCGCAGUUUAUCGGCGCCGCGAUGCUCGCCAAAGCCGCCACAGCCAGCAAAGGUCAAACUAUCAUGAAGCUCGGUGUGCUCGUGCAACUCGUCUUCUUCGGGCUCUUCCUCGUCACGAUGAUCAUCUUCCAUAAGCGCCUCACGAGGCAUAAAUCCCGGACAUACGGGCUUGUGCCGUGGCGGAAGCACCUGCUGGCCUUGUACGUGACGGGCUUGUUGAUAUUCGUGCGGUCGGUCUUCCGGUUCGCGGAGUUUGUGGAAAGCUCUGACGGCCCUCUGACGCGGUAUGAGUGGAUAUCGUAUGUGUUCGAUGCGGUGCUGAUGUUCGCGACGUGUGGGGUGUUGAAUUGGGUGCAUCCGGCGGAGAUUAAGAGGUUCAUUGGAAAUACGACUCCAUUCUGUAACGAGCGCCGGCUGGCCUGUCACUAUGCCUGCAAGCCACUCGGGCCCAGAAGAAGGGCAAACGAUCAUCAUCCUGAAGAACCCGGCCCCUCAGCGUCACCCUCAGCUCCUCUUCUGACAGCGACCAAUUGUACCCAGAUUGACUCUCGACUCCUAGAAGCCACUUUGCUCCACCACUACUACACUAACACCCAUUCAUCACUAGUCGAAGACGAGCAUAGCCAGAUGCAGUGGCAAGUAGCCCUACCCAAAGUAGCUACCACCCAGCCGUUUGCCUUAGACAGUCUUUUGGCAUUUACCGCCCUACAUCUCGCUUAUCUCGAACCUAAUCGAAGACAUUUCUGGACCGUGGUGGCAUUCGAUUACAGUGACAAAGCAUGCUCCGCGCUAUCACGGGUUAUCAGCCGGCUAUCGGCCGCCACGGCGGACGCCGCCAUGGUCUGCUCUAUUUACAUCGUUUUGUUCGCCAUUGCACAAUAUCGGGUUUCUGGUCCAUCAGCGAGCUACUUGGAUGAAGUCUUGCGCAUUGCGAAACUUAUCCGCGGAUGUGUCCUAUUGAGUCCUAAGUCCAAGCUGUUCGAUCACUCUUCUGAAGAGAAGGCCCAUGACGGUAACUCCGAGAUAGCCUUGCAAAAAGACGGUCCACAGGACGAGAAUAAUAAAAAUCAACAGGUGGCUUCCAAAAUACACCAACAGGUACCCAAACGCGCGACCCGAUACGUCCGCUAUACUUAUAUGGCCGCUCAUAUGGCCAGAGAGCUUUGCAACCCUGCUGCAGGAACGAGACUUCAUCGCCCGUGUGGUCUUCCUGCUUUACCCGCUGACGUUGCACUUCGGGAGAGAUAA